AUGGGAGAGUCGAAUAAAGUAGCAGGGAUAUUUGGUCUAGGACCUGGAGAACAAUCAAUCCUAAAGCAACUAAAAGAUGACACUGACCUACGUUUCUCAUAUUGCCUUUCUGAUUGGACCAUUGAACAAAAUCCCUUCACAUACUUGCAUUUUGGCAGUGAUGCACAAAUUAGUGGAAAUGAUCAAGCAAUAGUACAAAGAACACCAUUAUUACCCGGCCAAAAUCACUACAAUGUGGAAGUGUUGAGUAUUUGGUUGGAUGGAAGGAAGCUUCGAAUACAUCCAGCAGUGCUUCAAGUGAGAGGUGAUUCCACUGGUGGGUUUAUUAUUGAUUCAGGAACUACAAUUACUUUACUUGUUCCUAAUGCAUAUAACAUUGUCAGAAAUGCAAUAGUUAGAUACUUACGGGCAUAUAACUGGAGUCCUAUGGCGAAUACUGGCAUGAUGUAUGACCUUUGCUAUAAUGUCCAACCAACUAAAUAUCAACCAUUUCCACCAUUAGCAAUUAAAUUUCUCGGAGCAAAACUUGAGAUUGGUUCUCAUAAACUCUUCAAAUCAGUUUUUGAGAAUGUGUAUUGCUUGACGAUCAUUCCUACUUCUGAACAAGGGGUAAAUAUUUUAGGGGCAAUUCAUCGGAUAAAUUAUCGAUUCUUAUUUGAUGUUGGAACAAGUGAAAUGUUUUUUGUCCCAGAGCUCUGUCAAUUUAAUUAG